CUGAAAACGGUCAUUGAGCGGAUGUUCCUUUUUUUCUUUUUCCAAACAAUGAACUUCCGGUAUCGGAAGUAGCAUUUGGAAAUCAAAGCGAAUGGCGUAGCUAACUGAAAUUGAAAUUCAGUCUAAUCUACAAUGCAUUUUUAGACAUUUUAACCUUUGCGCUCUAUAAUUCUUUGCGAAUAAAGUCGCGUCAAGGAAUCAUUUUGAUCAAGCUGUCCAGUGUUGACAUUAUUCAUCAACAACUUGCGAUAAUGACACCAGUGGUGGAGUAAGCUAUUUUAACCUUACGAUGAAGUAUUUGGUACUUGUUGCCUUUUGGGCUCCUUGUUGGGUCAAUUGUGCGAUUAAACCAAGGGCCAUUGAGGAAGAAACACGGGAAAAUGACCCGGAGUUAGAGGCUCUGAGUUCGUUGCUGUCUGACUUUGAGGUGCUACCCGUGUCUGGCCUCCAGCAUCACUCGGUCAGGAAGAGGGACGCCCACACCCAGUCCCACCUGGAGCGCCUGAUCAGCUUCAGCGCCCUCAAGAGACAUUUCAAGCUUUACUUGACAACUAACACAGACUUGUUCACUGAGGACUUCAAAGCUGUGUUUGUAGAUCAGCAAGGGAAGGAGCACAGCUAUGAUGUUCAGCUGCAGAACUACUUUACCGGACAUCUUGUAGGAGAGGAGCACUCCCGUGUGCAGGCACACAUAGACGGGGACGAGUUCUCGGCCCACAUCCUGACAGAUGAGACGGAGUACAAUGUAGAGCCCCUAUGGAGGUUCACCGAGACGUCCCCCGAUGGUCGUCUAUUGGUGUACCGGUCAGAGGACAUCAGGAACCUUAGCCGCAUGGCCUCGCCCAAGGUGUGUGGAUACAUCCACGCUGGGGCCCAGGACUUACUGCCAGAGGCCGCGAGAGGUGGAGAGGCACAGGAGGAUUCCCUCCACAGAGCGAAGAGAGCAGCCCACAACCACAAGAAGAACACCUGUCCUCUAGCCCUGGUGGCCGACUACCGCUUCUUCAAACACAUGGGCCGUGGAGAGGAGAGCAUCACACUCAACUACCUGAUUGAGUUGAUUGACAGAGUGGACGACAUGUACAGGAACACAACCUGGGAUGACGAGUUCACAGGAUACGGUGUUCAGAUCCAACAGAUCAUCAUCAACAAGGAGCCGACCAAUGCGCCUCUUGGCCAGGCUGGGCCGGGCUGGACCCACUACAACAUGAAGGGAAGCCCCAUCCAAGGCAAGGAGGUGUGGGAUGUCAAGAAACUGCUGGAGCAAUUCAGCUCGGAUAUAGCGGACAAUGCUAGCACUGUGUGCCUGGCCCACCUGUUCACCUACCAGGACUUUGACGAGGGGACAUUGGGCCUGGCCUAUGUGGCCCCCUCUAAAGCCCAGGCUCUGGGGGGCCUCUGCCCCAAACCUUACUAUCCAUCUCACUCCGUCAAGAAACCCAGCUACCUCAACACUGGUUUAACCAGCACCAAGAAUUAUGGCAAAACCAUUUUAACCAAGGAAGCAGAUUUGGUGACAACCCAUGAAUUGGGCCAUAACUUUGGGGCGGAGCAUGACCCUGACAACAUCCCCUACUGUGCCCCAAACGAUGACCAUGGGGGCAAGUUUGUCAUGUACCCUAUUGCUGUGAGCGGGGACCACUACAACAACAAGCGUUUCUCCGACUGCAGUAAGAUCUCCAUAGGUAAGACGCUGCGCUUCAAGGCCCCCAUCUGCUUCAAGGAGAGGAACAGCAAGGUGUGUGGGAAUUCCCGCGUGGAGGAGGGGGAGGAGUGCGACCCGGGCAUGCUGCACCGCAACAACGACCCGUGCUGCUCUGCCGACUGCAAGUUCAGGCCCGAGUCCCAGUGCAGUGACAGGAAUAGUCCGUGCUGUAAGAAAUGCAGGUUUGAGCAGGCAGGGAAGACGUGCCAGGAGCCCAUCAAUGCCACCUGUAAGGGCAUGUCCCUCUGCACAGGUGACAGCAGUGAGUGCCCAGCCCCAGACAACGCUCCGAACAAUACCAUCUGUGUGGACAGUGGGAGGUGCAGAAACGGGGAGUGCAUAACCUUCUGUGAGGCCGUGCAGAAGCUGCAGCCCUGUGCUUGUAAUGAGACAUACGACUCGUGUAAGGUGUGCUGUCGGGACAAAAAUGGUGCCUGCACUCCUUUUGUCAAAAGCGACCGGAGCGUCCUGUACCUGCGCAAGGGGAAACCCUGCACCGUGGGCUUCUGUGAUGAGGCCGGUAGAUGCAUGAAGCAAGUCCAGGAUGUGAUCGAGAGGUUGUGGGAUUUCAUCGACAAGCUGGACAUCAACACAUUCGGGAAGUUCCUAGCAGACAAUAUAGUGGGCUCAGUGGUGGUGUUCUCUCUAGUCUUCUGGAUCCCUCUCAGCAUCCUGGUGCACUGUGUGGAUAAAAAUCUGGACAAGGAGUAUGAGGAGAACACCAAGACCAUGUACUUCCCCAGCAACGCAGAGAUGCUGAGCAGCCUCGAGUCGGCCUCCGUCCGCAUCGUCAAGCCACCUCCGCCUCCCACCUUCUUCUCCGCCGCUCGGAUCCCACCCCACUCCCUUCCUUCUCUACCCCCAACGGGCCCGUCUGCCUCAGGCAGCAGCAGUACCCCAGCCCCAGGCUCGGCUUCGGGCCCUGGCCCGUCCUCGGGGAGCGUAGUGGUGGUGGGGGAGGGCCCACGGAUGGCCACCAUCCAGGAGGAUCCCAGCUGCGACUCUCACCUCGACCUGGACAAGGACGACUUCCCUCCUCGCGGAGGCUCCAACGCCACCAAGUCUUCAUACGAGGACCUGACGGCGGAGCAGAGCACGCCACGCUCGGGCCGCCACGACAAGCGCCGCCUCAAGAGGCAGGCCUGCGUGGUGGACAGUAAAGAGACCCAGUGCUGAGGUAACAUGUGUUUGUAGAUGUACACAUGUACAGGCAGACCUACGCACGUACACACUCACAAUUGUACAUGAGGGAACAUGCGAGCACACAGUCCAGAAUAGAUACAGUAUGUAGGUACACGCAUACAGACACUCAUGUAUAUCCAUGCACAUAAUAUAUUACACUAUAAUAGAUGCUGGAAACUGCCAAAAUAAAGCAAACACUUGAGUAAAUGAGGGAUACAAAGUAUAUUAAGAGCAGGUGCUUCCACACAGGUCUGGUCCUGUGUUAAUUAAGCAAUUAAAUGUAGAAAAUCACCCAGUUUCCAAUUAUUUUGGCUACCAUGGCUAGAAGAAAUCUCAGUGACUUUGAAAGAGGGGUCUCAAAAGAGCAAAGGCGGUUUAAAGGGUGUGUGUGUGUCACCAGAUCUCAACCCAAUUGAAAACUUAAAGGGAAAUUCUGGAGUGGCGCCUGAGACGGCGGUUUUUCCACCACCAUCAACAAAACACCAAAGUAUGUAAUUUGUUGUGGAAGAAUUGUUGUAUCCAUACAAUAAAAUCCCAGACACUUAUAUACUAAGGCGCAUUGAAACUGACCUAGCGGCUCCUGGGUUGGCCCAACAUCCUAUCAAGACCUUGUCGGUGUUUCUUUUAGUUUGGCAGAUACCUGUACAUGAGUAAACAUUGCACACAAACACCCACUCCAUAGACUAAAACUUGCUACACAGCACUGGCAGCAA